AUGGCCACCAAUACAAAAUCGGUUUUAUUCGUCUGUCUUGGCAAUAUAUGCCGUUCCCCGAUGGCAGAAUUUCUAUUUAAAGAAAUGGUGAGGACUUCUUCACAACCAGUAUCUUGGAGGAUAGACAGCGCAGGUUAUGUCGACUGGAACGAGGGUUGCUUCCCUGAAGAACUCGUUGAAAUUGUCUUGUCGGAGAAUUCAAUUCCUGUCGGGGAACACCGUGCAAGGAAAAUGCGACAAAGCGAUUUUGAUGACUUCGAUUACAUACUUACGCUGGACGAAGCUGUCAUGGAUAAGUUGGCUAAACAAAAACCAAAUAAUUGUAAGGCAAAACUGGAGUUGCUUCGCCUGUACGAUCCGGCACAAGAAAUUGUCAAGGACCCAUUGUGGGAUAAAGCCGACUAUGAGAAGGUUUUUCGACAAUGCAAAGUUUCAUUAACAAUUUCUUGA